CCUCAGCCCCUCCACCUCCCCAGGAUCCUGUCCUUCAACAACCUCACGGGGCUGGAUGAGAAGAGCCUGGCCAAGCUGGGCAGUUUGAGCAUCCUGCACCUCAGCCACAACUCCAUCAGCCACAUCGCUGAAGGCGCCUUCAAGGGACUCAAGAACCUGCGCAUCUUCCACAUCAGCAGUGACAGCUUCCUGUGUGACUGCCAGCUCAAGUGGCUGCCUCCAUGGCUUGAAAGCACAACACUGCAGGCCUUUGUAACAGCCACUUGUGCCCAACCAGAGUCACUGAAGGGCCAGAGCAUUUUCUCAGUACCACCAGAGAGAUUUGUGUGUGAUGGCUUCCCAAAGCCACAGAUCAUCACCCAGCCAGAGACAACAACAGCCGUGGUGGGCAAGGACAUCCGGUUCACGUGCUCAGCAGCCAGCAGCAGCAGCUCCCCCAUGUCUUUUGUCUGGACGAAGGACAAUGAGGUUCUGGCCAACGUCAACAUGGAGAACUUCUCCUAAGUGCACAAGCAGGACGGGGAAGUAAUGGAGUAUACCACCAUCCUGCACCUCCACAGGGUCACCUUUGGCCAUGAGGGCCGCUACCAGUGUAUCAUCACCAACCAUUUUGGCUCCACCUACUCUAACAAGGCCCAGCUCAUGGUGAAUGUGCUGCCAUCAUUUACCAAAAUGCCAAGAGACAUCACCAUCAGGACAGGCACCAUGGCUCCCCUUGAGUGUGCGGCCACCGGCCACCCCAACCCCCAGAUUGCCUGGCAGAAGGACGGAGGCACAUACUUCCCUGUGGCUCGGGAGCACUGCAUGCAUGUCAUGCCAGAAGACGAUGACGUGUUUUUCAUCACUAAUGCGAAAAUAGAUGACAUGGGCAUUUACAGUUGCACCACCCAGAACUCGGCAGGCUCUGUGUCAGCGAAUGCCACCCUGAAUGUCUUAGAGACCCCGUCCUUGGUGUUACCCUUGGAAGACCUCGUGGUGUCUGUGGGGGAGACGGUGGCCCUCCAGUGCAAAGCGACCGGCAGCCCCUCCCCCCACAUCACCUGGCUCAAGGGGAACCACCCCCUGAGCCUCACCUAUAGGCACCACUUCACCCCCGGCAACCAGCUGCUGGUGGUCCAGAACGUGGUGGUGGAGGACGCGGGCCAGUACACCUGCGAGAUGUCCAACAUGCUGGACAGGGAGCACGCUCACAGCCAGCUGAGCAUCUUGCCCACACCUGGCUGCAGGAAGGACGGGACCACCAUGGGCAUCUUCACCAUCGCCGUGGUGUGCAGCAUCGUUCUGAAGUCGCUGGUGUGGGUGUGCAUCAUCUACCAAACCAGAAAGAAGAGCAAGGAGUACAGCGUCACCAACACAGGUGGGCACGGUGGCCGUUCAUUUCCAAGGCAGGAGAAGCCAGGUCCACACUCUCUGUCAAGAGUUCUCAUGCUCUGGGAACUCCAGGACCUCUGGGAAUGUGGUUCUGGAGAACUGAAGCCUUGGUCCUGAGGACACUGGGUUCAUACUCAGGGCAGAGCCUGGGGCUCAGUAGUAGCGCAUUUGCCUAGCAUGAGUGAGGCACUGGGGGUCGAUCCUCAGCACAGCAUAUAAAUAGAUAAACUAAAGGUCUAUUGACAACUAAAAAAAAAAAAAAAAAAAAAAACUUCCUGCUGAUGUCCUCCUCCUAAGCGGAGGUCGAUUGUCCCUGAAAUGUCACAGUGCUGUGAUUUUGUUAGUUCUGUCUCACUUCCUGUCACUCUUCCCCGUCUUUUGUGGUCUCAAAUGCCUUUUUUUAUUGUUAGUUGUUCAAAACAUUACAUAGUUCUUGAUAUUUCACACUUUGAUUCAAGUGGGUUAUGAACUCCCAUUUUUACCCAGUAUACAGAUUGCAGAUUCACAUCAGUUACACAUCCAUUGAUUUACAUAUUGCCAUACUAGUGUCUGUUGUAUUCUGCUGCCUUUCCUAUCCUCUACUAUCCCCCCUCCCUUCCCCUCCCCUCUUCUCUCUCUACCCCCUCUACUGUCAUUCAUUUGUCCCCCUUGUAUUAUUUUUCCCCUUCCCCUCACUUCCUCUUGUAUGUAAUUUUGUAUAACCCUGAGGGUCUCCUUCCAUUUCCAUGCAAUUUCCCUUCUCUCUCCCUUUCCCUCCCACCUCUCAUCCCUGUUUAAUGUUAAUCUUCUUCUCAUGCUCUACGUCCCUACUCUGUUCUUAGUUACUCUCCUUAUAUCAAAGAAGACAUUUGGCAUUUGUUUUUUAGGGAU